AGUUUCCACCCGGUCUUUCAAAGCACGCGGAUUGCCUAGGUCACUUCAAAGAAUAACUUUCGUUACAUUGAUUGACAAGUGUAAGAAGAGAAAGAUCUUGUGAACAGUGUGGUCAAUAAAGUGCUGUCUCCGUGUCUGCAAUGGAAGUGAGGCGUUUUUUUAUGCGCAGAUUGGGCUCUGGAACAACAUUUCGACGCGUUGCUCGGGCUUUACAUAUGCCGACUAUGUGCGUAUCUGUGCGGCCGCUGUCAUGUUUCCCUUCUGGUACUCCAGAUCAGACCGUUGCAAAAAAACAGCAGCAUGCACCAUGUCUUAUGGCGAAUCUGACCUGCAAGAAAAAUUUUUGGCAAGGUAGAGCCAACAUGUGUACAGCAUCACAUACAACACUGGACCCAAGUGAAAUGAAGAAAUUCCAGUCUCUGGCAAACAGAUGGUGGAAUGAACAGGGAGAAUUUGCUGCUCUUCAUUCUAUGAAUGAUCUGAGAGUCCCAUUUAUCAGAGACAAUCUGUUGAAUAGAAAUGGUCGUCGAAAACCAGGAAGCCCUUUAUCUGGUUAUAAAAUAUUAGAUGUCGGCUGUGGUGGAGGCCUAUUAAGUGAGCCUUUAGGGAGGCUCGGAGGUUUGGUUACUGGAAUUGACCCCCUAGAAGACAGUAUCAGAACUGCCGAACUGCACAAAUCGUUUGACCCCGUUCUGAAUAACCAGAUCCAUUACAGGAGCUGCCUAUUGGAGGACAUCACGGAGGAAGCUGCAGAGACCUUUGAUGCCGUUGUAGCAUCUGAAGUGGUUGAACACGUGAAUGACCUUGAGACUUUCAUCAGCAGCUGCUAUGAGGUGUUGAAGCCUGGAGCAUCGUUGUUUAUUACUACUAUAAACAAAACCAACCUGUCCUUUUCAUUAGCCAUUGUUGUUGCUGAGAGCUUCUUGAAGAUAGUACCCAGUGGUACUCAUGACUGGGACAAGUUUGUAAGUCCUGUGGACCUGGAAAGAAUUCUAGAGUCAAACGGCUUCUACGUUGAAUCGAUUAAUGGGAUGUGUUACAACCCUCUCUCUGGCUCCUGGAGUUGGAUUGAAAGCACAGCCGUUAACUAUGCAGUUCAUGCAGUAAAGCAGAAAGCACAACCUGAGUUCACAGAAACUACAGCAGAAGAGCAUCAAGAUCAGACAAGAACCAGCACUGGAACAUCAGUCUGAAAACCCCAGGGGGAAGAGAGUGUUCGCCCCCAGAGUACAUUUGUUGUUAAUAGCAGAGUUUUGAGUUGCUAGUAAUAUUCAGUACUUUUCUGUUUGCAUCUUAUAAAUUAAGCAGCAUAAUUCAAACAGUUACCAAAAAUGAAAAAAUCGUUAUUAUUGUUUUUGUUUUUAUUAUUAUUAUUAUUAUUAUUAUUAUUAUUAUUAUUAUUAUUAUGAUGAUUA